UUGUUCGAUGUUAUGGUUUAACACAAGAUCCAUCAAAUAGAAAUUAUAUGCUUGUAAUUUUGAAAAUGGAUAUGGAUUUAAGAAAUUAUUUACAACAAAAUCAUAAUCAACUCAUAUGGAAAGAUAGAAUGAAAAUUAUUGAUGAAAUAACUCGUGCGCUUUAUUAUAUUCAUGAAGAGAAAGCAGUUCAUAGAGAUUUGCAUUCUGGAAAUAUAUUAUACUCACAAUUUAAUGAUCAUUGGUAUAUUAGUGAUCUUGGAUUUUGUGGACCUGCUGAUAAAUCUUCAACAAGUAUAUAUGGAAAUCUUCCUUACAUAGCACCCGAAGUUAUUGUUGGAAGAGAAUAUACUUUUGCAUCUGAUAUUUAUAGUAUUGCAAUUCUUAUGUGGGAAAUUUCUUCUGGACAAUCACCAUUUAUAAAUUAUGAACAUGAAAAUGAUAUUGUAAUGAAUGUUAUUAACGGUAUAAGACCAAAAAUUGUGCCAGGAACUCCAUUAGAAUAUAAAAAUUUAAUGAAAGAAUGUUGGGAUGCUAAUCCAUUAAAAAGGCCUGACACUUAUGCACUUGGGAAAAAAAUGUUAAGAAUUAAUAUAGAUUAUCAAAAUAUGCCAGAUGAAUUAUUUAAAUCAGAAAUAGAUAAUUUAAAAGUGAAUAAAGUAGAAGAAAAUUAUACGAGUAGCAGAUUAUUUACAAGUAAAAUUCACAACUUUGGAAAUCUACCUGAACCGAGAAAUGCAACAGAAGAUGAUGAAAAAGAAAUAAUUCAACAAAAAAUGAAAAGACAAAAUAUUGGUGAUAUUUAUGAUGAUGACGAAGUAUAUAAUAAUCCAAAUCUUCAUUCAAAAGAACAAGAUGAACUGGAAAUUCCUGAUGGUAAGUUCUUAAUUAAUUAGUCGCUUUAAAAAGAAAUCUUAUUUAUUUUACCAAUUUGUUAAUUUUUUAUCUUUAGAUGGAUUUUGAA